CACAAGCGAUCCGAAAUAUUUUUGACGGUGGCAAAAAGGUUUUAUAUUUUAGGCCAAAUCUCUGCUUUCUAUGCUGAAUGAUCGAUAAACCUUUCAUAUAAUCUAUGGGAAAUUGUACCGGAAAGCAAAAACAGAAGCAACCGCCUGAAGUGAGUCCAAGACAGGUGGAAAUCACUACAAAUAACGAUGGCAGUUCUGCUCAUGGGAAUGUUAACGCAAGCCCGGUAAAAAGGACACGUCCACCGUUGCCGACGGUGCCUCAAAAAGAGCCUCCCAAAAGCCCCACGGCCGGAGUUCGUUUGUAUGUUGCCUUGUUCGACUACGAUGCCCGAACCGCUGAAGAUUUAACUUUCAAAAAGGGUGACUAUUUAGAAGUGAAACCGGAGAACACAGCGUUCGAUUGGUGGCAGGCGAAAUCACGGUCUAGCGGGAAAGAAGGGUACAUUCCCAGCAAUUAUGUUGCCGAAGUUAAGACUUUGGAGGCGGAAGAUUGGUUCUAUGGCAAAAUAUCUAGAGUCGAGGCACAGAAAUUCUUGCUUUCCCCAGCAAAUAGACAUGGUGCAUUUCUCAUCCGAGAGAGCGAAAAUGCAGGCAAUAAUUAUGCUUUGUCCGUUCGGGAUGGUGAUGUCGUGAAACAUUAUCGAAUACGAGCCCUUGACAGUAACCAAGGAUACUUCAUCACUCGAAGAAGUGAGUUUUCAACUCUUCAAGAUCUGGUAGAGCAUUAUAAGAAGGAGUCUGAUGGUUUGUGCGAUAAACUUGGCUUGCCAUGCAGCAAGUUGGAGAAACCGCAAACUGUUGGUCUUUCGUACAACAUGGUUGACAAAUGGGAGAUAGACCGCACGGCAUUGAAAUUCAGCAAAAAGCUUGGCUCUGGUAAUUUCGGCGAGGUGUGGCAAGGUCUGUGGAACGGAACCACCAAGGUUGCCAUCAAGACCUUGCGAGAGGGCACCAUGCAGCCUGAGGCGUUCCUGAAGGAGGCGGAAAUUAUGAAAAAACUCAUCCACCCCAAACUAGUCCAACUGUAUGCGGUGUGUUCUCGUGAGGAGCCGAUAUACAUUGUCACUGAGCUUAUGACCAAAGGCAGCCUUCUGGAGUUUCUCCACGGGGAGGGCCGCCAAGUUCUGGAUAUGGCGAAGAUGAUAGAUAUCUCCGCACAGGUUGCCGAAGGUAUGGCUUUCCUCGAGUCCCACGGCUUCGUCCAUCGAGAUCUGGCCGCGAGAAACGUCCUCGUCGGCGAUGGAAUCGUCGUAAAGAUCGCCGAUUUUGGCCUGUCUCGCGUUCUCGUGGAGGACAUUUACGAAGCUCACGAGGGGGCCCGGUUUCCCAUCAAGUGGACAGCGCCAGAAGCAUGCCUCGAGAACAAGUUCUCGAUAAAAUCCGACGUUUGGUCCUUCGGUAUUUUGCUAACAGAAAUAACGACCUUCGGAAGGAUUCCCUAUCCUGGAAUGAACAACGCUGAGGUUAUACGGAAAAUUGCUGAUACAACGUACAGGAUGCCAAAACCGAACAAAGUGCCGGAAAAGCUGUACGCCAUCAUGUUAAAAUGCUGGUCCGCCGCUCCUGAGGAACGACCUACAUUCGAGACUCUCGCUUGGCAACUGAAAGACUUUUUCCAAAAUGACACUCAGUAUAAAGAGGCUGAGGAAGUCAAUAAAUUACGUUAAGCUUAUAGCUAACGUGACACGGGAUAUGCUUAGUACGAUUAGCUAGGUAAUCUAGGUAAUAUCAUGGUUAAAGCAUCAAUUAAGGCCAUAGCUAUCCUUUAAGGAUUGGUUAACCUAUCAGGGUGAUAUUUCACUCGUCGAAAUUUUCAUGAUGCGAACCAUAUGUUUAUGGCCUGUGUUUUUUUCAACUGAUUUGCAUGUGGUUCGACGCAUAAAAAAUUCGAGGCCUUGAGAUCUUUUUUUGUAUGUAACCUUUAUUUGAAUUCAUUUAGUUUAAUAUUUCACAGCUCACUCUUACAAACGUUCCCGAGAUGUUUACCUCAAACUGCUAUUGGAAAAAGAAUGUUAGCAUGCAAAAGGAAUGCCUUUAGCAAUGAGUCCUGUCACCAAUUUGAAAAUUCUGCAUGGUUUUUUUCAUAAAUUAGGUGUUACGUUUUUUUUUUUUGAUCACGAAAGUCGCUUUUUAUCAUGAAUGGGACUUUCGACUUUGUAAAAACGAAUGAUUGACAAGACCAAUUCGAAAACUACCUAAAAUUUGUCACCUAAAAACUUUAACUUUGUUCAAAAAGCAUUGCAAAACAGGCCUUAAUAAUUUGAUCCUUUCGUGCAUGGCACAGAAGAGUUGUUGAGAGCUGGCAAGCGAAAGUUUGCCUGAAUAUCGUGUUCAACUGUUCUUUUGUCCAAACCAGAAUAUAAUAUUACAACUCGGGUUUUUAAUUCACGGGAUUUCACAGAAAAAAUGGCUAAACGCGUAUGCGUUUUCAACAAUUUUUUUGUACAUAAUCAUAUUUUUACAUGUAUAAUUUAAGUACACGUAUAUAUAAGCCAAGUUUAGAUCAUUAUAAAACAGUCAAUUUUACUGUGUAGCGUAACAAUGAUAAUUAUGUAUAAUUUUAGCGUGUUAUACGGGCCAUACUGCCUAAAGUCACGGCCAUUUCAGGAACGAUUUUUGUCCAAUUAAUUCAUGGACGUAAAUACCAUAAAUCACAGGCUUGUGUUUAUGUUGUUUUUUUUUAAACUUUUAUACUAAAUUGUGAAUAGAAAUUAGUUACGUUCGUAGAAAAAUAUAUAAUAUGGUGCUGUGUAA